UCCACCUCCUGAAUUGGAGUUUGUAGAGGAUACUGCUGCACUGGUAGCUUGAGACAAAAGACACAGAUCAAGACAAAGAGACAAUUUGUGCUUCAUGGAAAGGAGCAGCGUUGAUGAAUUUGUACUGAAUUCACUCUGCGGUCUCAGAGGUGUCCUCCCCAACCAAGUUCACACUGAUAGGACUGAGUCAGGAGCAGCUCUUUGCCAUGGAGCCUGUGCAUUUGGACAACUGGAGAAAGGAUCUUCAUGUGUCGCAGGAAGCCGUGGACAACCCAGUGGACAUGGACCGUCUGAACAGGAACAUGCCUGAGAGUGGACGACAAACCCACCAGGUGUUACAGAGCACUCCCCUGGAUCUGAUAGAGACUGGAAAGGGGCUGAAGUUCCAGGCGGAGCGUCCGCAUCUGGUCAGCCUGGGUAGCGGACGUCUGAGCACUGCCAUCACCCUGCUGCCGCUGCCUGAGGGUCGGACCACUUUGGGUCAUGGUCCCAUGGACAUCAGCAUCCAGGGCCCUGGGGUGGCGGCCCAGCACUGCUACAUAGACAACAGGUCAGGGGUCAUCACGCUGAACCCCUGUGGGAACCUCUGCGCUAUCGACGGACUCCAAGUGACACAGCCCGUUCGCCUGUCACAAGGCUGUAUGCUGUGUUUUGGCCAGUCGGCCUUCUUCCGCUUCAACCACCCUGAAGAAGCCUUUAGGAUGAAGAGCAUGAUGCCGCACGGAGGCAGCGUCUCCACCGGGGACUACAGACUAUGUGCAGAUACGGAGAGCUUGGUCAAUGGGAAUCACCAGGGCAGUCCAGUCCAGUCUCCCCCAGCUCCUGGAGAAAGAGUCCAGUCUGAGCACAGUGCAAUUGUCAGCUCUAUCGAGAAGGACCUCCAGGACAUCAUGGACUCCCUAGUCAUGGAUGACCCUCAGCCUUCCUCCUCAGAGGCCAAAAAGCCUCCUGGAGGCCAAGCCAUUCCCCACUCACCCCUGUCACCCAUGGUCAAUGGAGGGGGCAGGUAUCUGCUGUCCCCUCCUACCAGCCCAGGGGCCAUGUCCGUGGGGUCCAGCUAUGAGAAUACAUCCCCACCCUUCUCCCCCCUCUCUUCCCCCUCAGCGGCCAGCAGUGGGAGCUUUACCAGCCCGUCUCCUAGUGGAGGACCCCAGGACCAGAGUUCUUCUCUGCCACCAGUGCCUGUACGCUCCUCUAGCUACAACUUCACCACCCAGCCUCCACCUGUACCACAGCCACGGACCAUACUGCCUAACUACGGCAGCGGUGGGGCGGGUCAGAAGGUACAAGAAAGCCCCAGACUGCAAAGGAAGGUCUUAGCAGAGGCUCCUCCAAGCCCCAAGCCAAGUCGCAGAGGACUAGGCCAAGAUGGUUCAGAGAGCCCCCGACUUCUGUCUUCUAAUGAAUCUCUUAGUAGUAGAAACAUUGUGCCAAGUAGCCCCAGACUCACUCCCAAAUUCCCAACCUCUCCAUCCCCCUCGCCCACCAGCCCCAGGACCAAGAACACGACCACCACGGUGCUUCAGGAAAGGCCUGCCAGCCCCUUCCGAGAGCAGACCAGCCUAGCUGAUCGCUCCCUCACCUCAAGCCCCUCCAGGCAGCUUUCCCAACCCACUAGAGCCUUCCAGCCUCCUCUGGACCCCAUCGUCCACAUUAUCCAAGGAUCCCCGCUCCAGCAGCAUCCGCGUUCACUGCAGCCCCCCGAAAGCCCUCGCAUGUCCAGGAGAAACAUGGAGCUGAACGGGGGCAGCGGUGGGAGCAGCAGUAUGAGAGAGCUUCCGCCUCUUAGUCCCUCCAUGGCUCGGAGAGGGGUCCCGGUACUCCCAGGGGCGCUCCCAGGGACAAUCCCCACUUUAAGGACUCCAGAUAGCCCCUCGGGUCUGAACAAGGUAGUUCCAGAGAGUCCCAGGCUCAGACGCAAGACCGGAUCUACAUCCGAAGAGCCGGUGUGCAGCAGGGGCAUCCGAGCCCGCAGUCCCUCGCCUACCUCUCUGAUGAUGGAGGGUGGUGGUGGUGGUGUGGGAGUACGGAAGGCGAGUUUUGGGAAUUCCCUGUCGCCCGCUUACAGUCUUGGUUCUCUGCCUGGCUCAUCUCCUGUGUCCAGCCCCAGGAGCCACAGGAAGAUGUCCGCAGGGAGACCACACCCAGGGAUGAGGGAAAGGAAGAACAGCAUCACAGAGAUCAGCGACAACGAGGACGAGCUUCUGGAGUACCACCGACGACAAAGGGAGGAGAGACUACGAGAACAGGAAAUGGAGAGACUGGAGAGACAGCGACUGGAGACCAUCCUAAACCUCUGCGCUGAAUACAACAAAGGAGAGACCCCUGGCCUGGACCCUCUGGGCUCAGGGAGGACAGGUUUCCCCGGGGGGCUGGGAGAUGGCUCGGGGCGGAGACCGUCCAUGGAGAAUGUCCUAGGAGGGACACCGUCCUCAGCCACGCUACGUCUGGCGCAGAGACAGAGGGAGAGCGACGAGGAGAACCUUAAGGAGGAGUGUAGUAGUACAGAGAGCACUCAUCAGGAGGUGAGGACAUCUCCUGCUCUCAGCACAGCAUCAGCACUGCACAAUGGAGACAGACAGCACGAGGACUCGUCCAGUUCAGGCAGCGCAGGUCGACUGGAGCUGGGUUACCUGGAGGACGAGCGGGUUCGCGUUCUGGCUCGGAUCGAUGAGCUCAAAAACCGUCUGACAGAACUGGAGCAACAACUCCAGGAGUCCAAACAAGAGGCAGAGAUGGAGCGCGCCUUGCUGCAGGGCGAGAGGCAGGCAGAGCUCGACCAGAUAGAGGCCGAAACGGACAUCAUCACCCAGCUGCAGCACAAGCUAGACGAGCUUGAGAACGCCAUUCAGAGGGAGAAAGACAAGGAGAGGGCUAAUGUUGAGGCCGAGCGCCGGGGCCUGCAGAGCCUCCAGGAGGGCUACGCUGAGCUGAAGAACCAGCUUCAUAACUGUCCCGAAUCCCUGCGGGAACAGUUGCAGGAACAGCUCAAAAGGGAUGGAGAGGCACUGGAAGCAGGAACCAAAAAGUUUGAGGACCUGGAGUUUCAACAGUUGGAGAGAGAAAGCAGCCUGGAGGAGGAGAGAGAAACCAUCAGCCAGCAGCUGCUCCAGGAAAGAGCAGAGUACCACAGCAAUGUGGCCAAGAGGAAGGAGAAGGUGUCCGCUCUGGAGAACCAAGCCAACCAGCUGGGCCUGCAGGCAUCUCAGGAGUGUGAGCGGCUGGCCAAAGACAGAACCCUCACACUGCAAAUGCUCCAGAAGGAGAAGGAGAGGCUGUCGGCCCUGGAGAAGAGAUACCACAGCUUGACCGGAGGGAAGAGCUUCCCGAAGUCCUCCACAGCAAUGAGAGAGGAGUAUAUGAAGCUGUCGGAUGUCUAUAAGAUGUACGGCAGCAGCGGCUACCAUGAAAGCAACAAGCCCACCUGGCAUGGCCACUCGUUUGCCAUAGAUGCUGCAUUAGCUGGCGCCAGCGAGGAGUAUGUGACAGUGGGCCAGUUAAAUCAGAUGUAUGGGAUGCCAAAGGUGGAGUCGUCCCCUACCUCCCCGCUUCGCCAGCCCCUGCAGUCUGGAGCAGUAGACCCCGCCUUCUCCUGCCUCCCCUCUCCUCACGGCUCCUCCCUGUCUCUCUCUGUGGAGUACCAGCCUGAGGGCAGCAGGCCUCACCUCCCCAAGCUAGAUUUAGAGCAGUGGUACCAGGAGCUGAUGGCUGGCUCCAGCCAGCUCUGUCCUCCCCCUCUGCCAGCCAAGGCACUGUCAGGCCGCAGGCUUGCGCUGCAGGUGUUCCGCUCCAAGCUGGACAGUGAUCCGGGACAUUCUCCUUAUCAAGCGAGAUCAGGCUCUGGAUCCCCUCUGCAGCACGGAGCAGCAACACUAGGACGCAACUCAAGCUCCAAGCAGAGCCCUCUGCUGGCAGCCAACAGCACUGGCAGUCUGCCCAGGAACCUGGCUGCCACCCUGCAGGACAUCGAGACGAAGAGACAGCUCGCUCUGCAGCAGAAAGAGCCCCAGACCUCCAGACAGGCCACCGUAGAGGAAGGAUCAGCAGGUCAUCAGGUUAUCGAAGAGCAGCGGCGUCGUCUAGCUGAGCUCAAGCAGAGAGCGGCGGCGGAGGCUCAGUGCCAGUGGGAGGCGCUCCACGGCUCGCAGACCCACCUCCUCACCUCCUCUUCCCCGUCGCCCUCCUACUCCCCUGCGCUGAGCCACAGCUCCAUAGGCCCCCCUCCUCUAGUACACCACUCCAUCCUGCACCACCAGCCCCCAUCAGCCGGAGAGCAGCCCUACGACACGCUGAGCCUGGAGAGCUCUGACAGCAUGGACACCAGCGUGUCCACAGGGAACAACUCGGCCUGCUCGCCAGAUAACAUGUCCAGUGUCGGAGGAGUGGAUGCGCUGAAGAUUGAGGAGAUGGAGAAAAUGCUGAAGGAGGCACAGCUGGAGAAAGCCAGACUUAUUGAAUCUCGGGAACGAGAGAGCCUCACUCGCCGUCAGAUGCUGGAGGAGGAGAGGAGGAGGAGGGAGGAGGCGGAGAAAAGACUGCAGGAUGAAACUUUCCACCGGCAGCAGCUAGUGGAGAAGGAGGUCAAGAUGAGGUCCAAGAACUUCUCUCAGGCCCGUCCCAUGACUCGCUACCUGCCCAUUAGAAAGGAGGAGUUCGACCUACGCACCCAUGUGGAGACGUCGGGCCACAGCGUGGAAACCUGCUACCACGUCAUCCUCACUGAGAAGAUGUGUAAGGGCUACCUGGUCAAGAUGGGAGGCAAGAUCAAGUCCUGGAAGAAACGCUGGUUCGUCUUUGACCGCCUCAAAAGGACCUUCUCCUACUAUGUUGACAAACACGAGACCAAGCUGAAGGGUGUGAUCUACUUCCAGGCGAUAGAAGAGGUCUACUACGAUCACCUCCGCAGUGCCACAAAGAGCCCCAACCCUUCCUUGACCUUCUGCGUAAAGACCCACGACCGGCUCUACUACAUGGUGGCCCCCUCAGCAGAGGCCAUGAGGAUCUGGAUGGAUGUGAUCGUCACAGGAGCGGAGGGAUACACACAGUUCAUGAACUGACAGACGACACACACACACACACACACAUACAUACAGUACUGAGAACGCAGGUGACGAGCAGAUCGUUUCGGCAGGGACUCUCCCAUCACAGACUCUACAGGCCCUUCCUGUUUCCAGUCCACAGCGGACACAGCGCCUUGUUUGUUACUUUUCAUUUUUAUCUCACACUUUUAAUUUUACUAUGUAGAUGUUUUCACCUCCACAUUUUCUACGUGAUUCUGUCUGGAUUGAAAAAGGGAGCCCUUGGAGGACACACACACACUCACAUACACACUUCUGUAUAUAAACCAAAAUGUAUACCUGUCAAAGACUUUUAAAAAGCCUUUCUAUAUUGCCAAAUGGAGAUCUUGUAGUUACUGUUUGUUGAACCUUUUGUAUUAUUUGUUUCCUUUCUUUUUUUUUUUUACUCAUUAUAGAAAAAAAUUGCCAAAUGACAUAAUGCCAAUGUUUAGUUGGAGUGUUCCAUCAUGACUGUGCUCAGUUUAGACAGAAAGAGUUUAAAAGAUCUUCAAUCAAAUCAUUUUAGAAAUAUAUUUGAAAAAAAAAAAAAAACUUGUUCCAAAUGGAUAAACCUAUGAGAAAUAAUAGAAAUCAGACAGUCAACAGGGACUGGAGAUGAGAAUCCAACUGUUCAGUAAACUUGUUUGUAACAAUGAAACAGGAAAGCACUGCAUCCUCCAAGUCCACAACAGUCACUUCAGCUCACUGCUGCUCACUAGAUCAAGUGCAGUAUAUACAGAACAUUAUCCACAGCGGCAUCCUAGAACAUAUUACUUCACAUGUAGGCUUACCAAAGUAACUGGAAGUGUUUUGUUAGACCCACUACAGCUCAGGAGUUCACUCAGCAGUUCUCACUAUGGUUCCACCAAUACAGGGUUUGAAAAGUCACACAAGCUGCUGAUAAAACACUGUUUUGUUCAGUAUUUGGUAUAUUUAGAUGACUUAAUCAUUUCACUAUGCUCAUAAUAAAAUACUUGAAGGAUUAGUAUAUUUGAAAAAAAUAGUUUGACAUUUUGGGAGGUAUCCUUAUUCUCUUUCUUGCUGAGAGUUAGAUGAAAAUAUCGAGCCCACUCUUACAUCUGUACGCUAAAUAUGAUGCUACAGCUAGCCUAGCUUAGCAUAAUGACUGGAAAUGGGCAAAACAGCUAGUCUGCCAUUGUUAUAUAGCUUACUUUUGGAAAGAGCAAGGCUAGUUUUUCCCAUCUGUUUUUAGUCUGUAUGCUUGGCUAAGCUAACUAACCUUUAGCUUCAUAAUUAGCGUACAGACGCAACAGUCAUAUCAAUCUUCUGACCAAACUAUUGGGAAUGAAUAAGUGUGGAAAUUCACUUCACUUGUGACUUCUUCAAAUAGCAAAUCUGUAUUUAUCCCUUUUUAUGGGGCAUUUUCUAUCUGCUUCCAAUCUUUGUGCUAACUGUUAAGCUAGCCUGACACAUCCCAAACUUAUCUCACUAGAUACAGAGAUUCAGUUAUUAUGAAUCUUUUCAUCUAAGUCGGGGGUAAGAUGCUAAAAAAAUACAUUUCCCACACUCAACAAAUAAUAAAUGUACAAAGGACAUAAAGUGUUUUGAAGCAGCUAGUCAGAGGUCAGUGACGGGAUGAUAUCCAACAUUCAGAGGUCAACAAACCCGUAUGUUGGUCCAACCAUAGCUACCACAUCCUCAGUGUACUUGUGAAAAGGAAUAUGUCACUGUGUUUGUAUAAUGCCAUCAUGUUGCCAACUAAGGUGCAAACUGCAUACAUCUGUGUGUACACACAAAUAAACAGAAGCUCAUCUAUUUGCCAAGUAACCUUUAGCUAACUUGAUGAUGUGACUACACAGCGGGGAAGCAGCCAUCAUCACUGCCAGCCUAAAGCAGCAACCAUGAGGGGGCGCUACAGAGACCACAUUGACACAGGACCACGCAGGAUCAACAAUACGGACUAAUGCAAUUCAGAACUGUGCCUUGACUAUGUGUUAUUGAUGGCGUGUCUGAGUCCAGCACAGCCUCGCUGGAAGGCUACAAUCGUAUGAAUGCAUUUUCAUUUGUUUCUGAGCUGUAUUGCAGUACGUGAACAGAUCUGCAUGUUUUUAUCUUCACUAUGGGGACGUCUGCCUAAAGGCCCAGAGCACACUGGGGAUCAGCUGGUUUACUGUCAUUACUGAAGUCUGAAUGUACAAAAUAUUAAGUAUAUGCAUUUAUUUUACAUGUCAGUCAUUCUGUCAGCCUGUGUUGUAAAAUGGCUUCUUCGUGGCUUUUUCAAGUCUGGCAACAUAACCCUGAUGACGUCAUGGUGAUGUCAUCAGGGUUAUCCAGGCUUGAGCUUGGAAACUACAAAUUUAUUUAACAGAAUGUCUGCGUUACAACUUGGUGCAGUUGGUUUGAAAGUUGUGGGUGUUUACCAGGUCUAGAGGCCUAAUGAUAGACACUUUUGAGUUGCAUCAUGGGAAGUGUAGUAUCUAGAGUUCUUGACCCAAAACAGGAACUUAAAAGUUGAGAUAUUCUGCUGCUUUUAGAUUUUUUUUUUUUUUUUUUUUAUACCCGUCUUUCCUAAAUCCUCUCAAAUCUGUACCAAUCAGAAAAGAGGAAAUGCAGGAAAAAAGUUAUUUGUGUCAAAACCAGCUGAAAUUUGAAUUAUGCAAAAGCAGCUUCAACUCAAGAAAAAAUGUCUCUAAUGUUUUGUACAUUCAGUAGUGGAGGGUGAGCCCAUCAAAACUAGUUUUGCCAACUUUUUAUUUGCAAGAAAUGCAUUUAUUGUGUUAAUUUGUAGUUAUUUACCUUGUAAGUUGAAUUUUUAAUUGACUGUCACAUCACUGGCUUCGUCAUCCUUUACUCAACACGCUGUGAUAUCAGUUCCUGCUCUGAACCCCCCCGCUGUGACCUGAGGCCUGAAUGCAUGAGGAUGGAUAAAGAAACAUUGCGUCUUCAGCUUUAACAAAACUGUAAAGUGCUCGGGCUCGCCUGGCAUGUCGAUCAUCACAUUGUGAAUCUAUUAAUCUGCCGUGAACGUGACAGUUUGUAGUAAACGGAUAAACCGGAGAGACUGUUUUCUGUUCCGCAGCAGGAGCGGAGGACAAACUACGCUGUGAUAUUUGGAGCAUGUGGAACUGUUGUUUAGUUUCAUGUGUUGGUCAAGUGAUGAUAAUUUAUGGUCGUGGUGCCUGAGAUAGUGACAUGUUUACUUCUAAAAAAAAAAAAAAAAAAAAUAGAGAAAAAAAAGAAGAAGUAGUAGAAGACUAGUGAAAAGACCUUAAUAUAUUAUGUCCUCCUUGCCUUUACUCUCCCUGCACAUUUAAUGUGUGCAAACCAAACUAUUCAACACUGGCAAGGCUGUUAAAUCAUGUCUGUUGAUAGUAGAUGGUAUAUACAUUACUGUUAUCUAUGUUGAAAAAGAAAGGAAACUAAAUAUACUGUAAAGAGGAUGCCUGAAUGAAAAAAUACUAUUGAAAUGAAACAGUAUUGUAUGAAAAGAAGUACAGUUUUUACUUAUUUUUGUCAUUUUAGAAAAUUUAUUGUCAGUUACAUUUCAAAUGGUAUGGUAGUGAUGUAUCAAUCUACCUUUUCUUUUUUUUACUGGUACAGCAGAACACACACAUCUGCACACACACACAACACACACACACACAGAAUAAUUCACCUAGCACUCGUGAGACUUGUUUUUCUAGAAAAUAGAUCCUGUUUCACACACACACACACACACACACUCACUCACUCACAAUGAAUACUCAGACCAUACUGUGUUAUUGGUACCCUGUAUGUCUCAUGCGUCACCUUCAUGAAUAUGAAUAAUAUGGAUUUUGUCAAAUCUAUUAAAAACAGAACUGUUACAGAGUAUCGUCUGUGUUUCUUGAACUCAGCGGGUUAAAAGAAUGAAGGUUCCAGUGUUGAGAGAGAGGCAGCAGUAAAAAGUGAAUAAUGACUGAUUAUUGGUUCAUUACUGACACUCAUUUAGGAGGGCGAGGACGAGCCUACCAUGUAACAGCAACAAUAAAACAAUCAAAAGCAAAAAAAAAAAAAGAAACUAAAAAUUACACAAAAAGUGGGAUUCACUCACAUUAUAACAACUAAAAAAAAAAAGAGUAAAAGGAGUAAAAAAAAAAAAAAAAAAAAAAAAAA